AUGGCUCAGCGUUACCGGCACUACUGUGGUGUUGACCUUUGGGAGAGUCCACGCCGCCAGAACGCCGGCCAUAACAUUGACGGAAUCGACCUGGAUUACCCAUUGGAGCUCCAGAAAGGCCGAGCAGGACCAAUGUCUUGGAGGCGCGUUAUCCCUAAAUUCGUCAAUCGACGAGGGAGAGGAUUGAGGGACAAAGAUUCGGUUGCUACAGUGGAUAUCAUAAAGCUAGGAUGA